AUGUCCUGGCAGCAGAACCAGAAGCAGUUCCCGCCCACGCCCCAGUUCCCCCAGCAGUGCCAGCCUCCGCCCAAAUGCCCCCCGAAAUGCCCUCCCAAGUGCCCUCCUAAGUGCCCAGCUCCGUGCCCAACUCUGUCCUCGUGCUGCGGUCCCAGCUCUGGGGGCUGCUGCGGUCCCAGCUCGGGGGGUGGCUGCGGUCCCAGCUCGGGGGGCGGCUGCGGUCCCAGCUCGGGGGGCGGCUGCUGCCUGUCUCACCACCAUCACCGCCGGCCCCAUCUCUUCCACCGCCAUCGGCACCAGAGCCCCGAAUGCUGCGACGACAACUCCGACUGCUGUUGA